AUGCUCGGUAUGGCGAUGGCCCACGAAUCUGCAGCGGCUCUGCAGGUCAAGGCGCAGAAAGAAAUGUGCGGUGAAGCCACAGAGGUCGUCAAGCAGAUUGAGGGCGCAAUCAUGCUGAUCUUACCAGUGCUCACGACUGUGCUAUCUGCCAUUGGACACCCCGAAGUUGGCCCAAUGAUCCAGAUGCUGGUCAAGGUAUUGGACUCCCUCCACUUGCUCUGCUAG